AUGUGGAGCUACUUCCUGGCUUGGCCCCUGGAACGAUCAAUAAUGAGAUCCUUACGUUUGUGGGUGUUUUUACUUUUUGUCAUGCAUUCAUGUGUUUCGGAUCUGCAUCAGUUAAAAAAUCGAGUAAAGAAUGUAUUUUAUCACGCUUACGACGGCUAUAUGAAAUACGCCUUUCCUUUGGAUGAGCUCCGUCCACUUACUUGCGAUGGACACGACACGUGGGGUAGUUUUUCACUCACUUUGGUUGAUGCACUGGAUACUUUGGCUAUCAUGGGCAAUUGGAGUGAGUUCAAUCAUGCCAGUCAACUGCUUUUGGACCAUCUGAAUGCGGAUCGUGAUGUUAAUGUGUCUGUUUUCGAAACCAACAUAAGAGUCGUCGGUGGACUUAUUUCUGCUCAUUUAUUAUCUCGUCGGGCUGGUUUCCAUGUGGAACCUUCUUGGCCCUGCUCUGGACCUCUACUACGUCAAGCAGAGUUGUUUGCUAGUAAAAUACUACCCGCUUUCGAUACCGUAACGGGGAUGCCUUAUGGAACCGUUAAUUUGGCUCUCAAUGCCGUUCCACCCAAUGAGACCAAAAUUACAAGCGUUGCUGGUGUGGGGACAUUCAUUCUCGAAUUUGGCACAUUAUCUCGACUCACAGGAGACCCUAGGUACGAGGAAGUCGCACUUCGUGCUUUGAGGGCUUUGUGGCAACAGCGUUCUUCGAUAAAUCUUUUGGGCAACCAUAUCAACAUCAUGACUGGCGAGUGGGUCGCUACCGAAGCUACCAUUGGUGGCGCUGUUGAUUCUUUGUUCGAGUACUUGGUCAAAGGAGCAGCAUUGUUUUCUUUGCCCGAAUUGGAUGCAAUGUUUCGAGAAUACAAACUCUCCAUUGAAAAACAUCUGAAGCACGGUGACUGGUACUUAGUAGUCAACAAGGACAGUGCCCAGGUGACACGACCGACUUUUCAAGGUUUGGAAGCAUUUUGGCCCAGCAUUCUGAGUCUUACUGGGGACCUAGACAAUGCAAUCAAACACCUUACAGCUUACCAUGAGAUUUGGAAGCAGUACGGCUUUAUUCCAGAGGCUUAUAAUGUCGUAUCGGGCGAAGUUGCGUCAAAGCGAGAGAGCUACCAUCUCCGUCCCGAAUUCACAGAAUCGGUGUACUAUUUGUACAGAGCUACCAAAGACCCUAUGUUUAUCCGAAUGGGCAUUGACGUACUGACUUCCAUCGAGAGUGUCGCUCGCACUCCGUGUGGAUACGCUACGGUGCUGGACGUCGCAUCACAUAAACUUGCCAAUCGUAUGGAAUCUUUCUUUUUGUCGGAGACCACAAAGUACUUAUAUCUUCUCUUCGACGAGGAGAACUUUCUCAACGAGCUACCCGGUGACGGCCAUCUAUCACACCAUUAUCUAUCACCUUCCGGUGGUGUUUGCUCUCCGGAACUAGGUGGUUACAUUUUCAACACCGAAGCCCAUCCGAUAGACCCAGGUUCAAUACACUGUUGUCACGUUGCGAAUACACUUGAAAAAGUGACCGGGGGUCAUUUCCCCCCUUCGGAUUCAUCAGACCAACUCAUUCCGGCAGAAGAUAUUGAAGCAUUGAUAUCGCACGAGGAGCAUAUGUCGCCCUUGACAGAUCUUCUCGGUCUAAUUGAUUCCGCCCAAGCACAACAGCUCUCUGUAGACUCUACCAUUGUCACCUCAAGUUCAUUUGUCUCGCACACAGACCACCCUGCACCAGAUGUCACUGAACCUUGGGCGGAUCUCAAAGAUAUGCUUUUCAGCGUCAUGACAAAAUCACAUCAAGAUACACACUCUAAUCACACGGCGCCGUUCACUAUAUUUGAUGAUUUGGAUUCUAUUCAGCCCCCCUUAUUAACCUGUCCCUAUCCACCGUUUCACCGUCGAUACACUUUCUCCGGUCAAAUGAUUGUCCCAGUUGAUUAGAAACGUGAUACACGCAUCGGACUGUAUUGUCUGAGGUAACCUGUUCCACGUGCUGUGAUAAUUCGCUUUUUACUAUUUUACACGAUUUUGUACACUUCAUACAUGCGUUCAGCUUUCAACCGCGACUACACACCAGCUGCAUAGACUAUGAUACCAACCGAGUCAAAGGUGUGCCAUCGUCUAUUCAGACGAUUGGCGUCGUUCUCAUUUUCUGUUCCACUCCAAAUUCUCUUACUUUUGUUAAAUCCGUGACCAGCCAGGGUGGGAAAGUAAUGUAU